UGUGUGUGUGUGUGUGUGUGUGUGUAUGUGUGUGUGCUCCGCAGAUAGACUGCGUCUCCAUGGAGGCGCUGUUGCCAUGACAACCGUGAAACACUUAGUCCACGCUAAGGAUGUCCACGUACAGCAGAAAAAGCACCCCAGACUUAGAAAUGGAAACAGCUUACAAUACAGAGACAUCCAGAAAGACAAUACCUACGUUGGAACCGUCCGCUGCGACGCAGCUUCCAGAGAGUACCAGCUGUCUAACGUGCUCAGAUGAUGGCCGGUACCUCAGUUUGGGUCACUCUCAGGGCUUGGCUGUGUGGGAUGCAUCUUCUCUGAUCUGUGCUGCAGAGUGGCUCGAGGACAGAUUAGAAAUUACAUUUAUUCAGAUGACCAGGAUGGCUGAGACGGGUUAUCUGCUUGCCACUGUUGAUGAUAUGGGCGUUGCCAGAAUCUUUGCAUAUCACUGUGAAGGCAUUCACCUCCUCAGUGUUAUAAACGUCAUGGAAAAUAUCAACAAAAGGAGCAUUUGCUUGACAUUUGAAUUAUCUGCAGGGGGAGAUUAUGGAGCUGCAUCCAUCAGAUGUAAUGGUGCUCUUUGUCUUGAGAUCUAUCACCUCCCCACAGAAGCAUGGCUGAAAGAGUUAGACUUGGCAUUAUCACAAAAACAGGACUCAAACUCAUCUGAAGACGUGGGUGUGAAAUGGUCUCCGGUUGCUCUGCUGAUUAAAAUCAAACCACCCAAAAUUCCAGCAGGGACGGCAUUGGAUGGUCCACUUGAGGUGUUGCAGAUGACAGACUUUUUAACACACUGUUUGGCUCUGGAUGAAAACAUGAGCAGCACCCAUCAACAGGAGGAACAAUCUUUGGACACAGAUGCAGGAAAAACAAAGGAAACAAAUGAAAGCCAGAGAUGUUGUACCCACCAUUUUCUUCCACCUUGUGGUCAGUUUCCUAGUGACAGCAAAUCAAAGUCUCAGCCAGGAUUGCCUGUUGUCGUCUGUGUGUGGUGGAGUGGCAGCCAUAAUCUUCUUCAGUAUUUGCUGCAAAGAGCACCAAAGAAAAAAACAGACGUGGAACCCAUGCCAGAUAUGUUGUGGCCACAUGCAAAGGAAAUCCUCUGCUCUGCUGUUAGCAGAUGCACCCGUUACAUAGCGCUUGGGCUUGUUGAUGGUGUGGUGUGUGUCUGGGACAGGCAAUCUGGGUCUCCGUUGUCUGUUGUCUUAGUGUCAGCAGCAGACAGUGCCUUCUCCAGGAUGCAGUUUGUGGAUUUCAGUCCUGUGUCUGCUAAUGAUUUCCAGACUUUUACCACAGCAAAAGUCCGUCUAUUGGUGGUGUGUAAAAGUGGAGCAAUUCAUACAGUUACCACAGGACGAGGAACACAGUCCUGCACAAAGCAGGUCGCUGAAAGGCCAAAACACAGCAGGGCUCUCCCAACUGUCAUUACAUCAGUGCCGUUUCUGCAGAGCCUGUCGCUUGUGGUCCAAAGAAAUGGAAAUAUGCUUCUCCAGGAUGUCAUCAAACAAACCACUGUGUGCUUCUUGAUUCCUCCUACAACUCAUAUGAUUGCUACUCCUUGCAACCCUGUUUAUGCUCUGAACACCAAACAGCAAACUCUCUUUAUAAAAGCAGGUGACCUGGACACCAGCUGCACUGUGUCUUCUGAAGAAGGAAGCCAGAGUCAGCUUUUCAUGUUCAGUUUUGGAGAAUCUGACAUUUUCAAACAGUACAUUUCACUUCCAGACACUCCACAACAAUUACAGACAUUAAGCUGUGCUACUCUAGAGGAAACCUGCGAUGUCUCCCUUCAGCAAAGAGCGCUGUCUGUGGAUGAAAGGAACAAAGCUAGAGCAGAGACCUGGAAGCAGCUACAGGAAACUGCAGUGAUGGUACAGCAGAGAGCAGAGCGAUACAAAAGAGCUGCAGUCAACUGAACAACUGCAAUAAAUUAUUGUUGUACUGUUGCAUAUGUAGUGUUUAUGUUUAUCAGAUAUAUAGUGCUUGUGUACAUUUUUCACUUUAUGUCAUUUUUAAGCUUCUUCUAAUUUUUACUGACUUCACUGCACUGUUCUCCAUGACCUACAGUGCUCAUUUGCACACAGGUGUAGUAUGUCUCAUGUGAAAUUACUGCAAUUAGUGUUCCAUUUUUUUAAACAAAUGUACAGGCAUACUUUUCCUCUAAACCACAGAUGUUUGGGGUAGCAUACGAUCCAGUAACUGGUGUUUACUGUUGCAAGUUUGCUUUAUUGAUUUCUGUUAUAUUGCCUGGUGUACGGGCAAAUACACAACACUGUUUAAAAAGUGUAUUAUAUACUGUACAUCCCAUUGCUACCUAUCAAAUAAUAUCAAAAUAGUAUAGUUAUGUACCAUUUAUUUAAUAAAUACACUGACACCAACAGCAAACGUUUAAUUAUUUUAAGUCCAAGAAAUUCUGAAUUUGUCUUUUGUACAAAAGAUUUAUGACGUUGUUUGUGUUGAGUUAGGCAACAUUUCUUAUAUCUGUGCUGCUGGUAGGUGAUCUCUAACAUGUCUUUUAAAAGGAUGAGGUAUUCAGACUGAUUAUGACUGGGCACCUUGGCAUUAUGUUGCCUUUGGGUUCAAUGUUUCAUGUGCCAUGUUUUAAAUGUCAGAAGACACAAACAAACAGGGCGCUGAAGAUUUACUUUUUUUUAGUUAGUUUAAGGCCUUUGAAUCUCUAGCAUGUGAAGUUUAGGUCCGGUUUUGGUUGAAGCAGUAACAAAAGAAGAGUUUCUUGUGCACUUUAACAGCCUAUAAUAGUUUUUAUUAUUAUUAUUUGACCCUUAUGCUUCAAGUCAAUGCAGCAAAAUGUACAAAGAAAAUUAGAACAAUGGAGAUUAGUGGGCAACUUCAGUAGCUGAGUGCUCUAGUUUUAUGUGUGGCAAACUGACAAAUUCAGAUUCAUGGAGCAUAAUCAGCUACUAAAUGUCCAUAUUUAUUGAGUACCAGGGCAACAGCAAAUUAGAUGGAAAUAGGUGAGAUGGAUUUACAGAGUCAGAAGAUCGUAAUCUAUCAAAGACCUUGUUCAUCUGUGUAGCUGGAUAAUUAAACCGGAUUGGUAUGUUUGAGGUUAGAUUGGUUGGCAGAACAAUAAUGUAAAUUCUUGUGUUACUGUGGUAUCUAUUUCACUGAGAG